UAUUAACUUCAGUACUUUCUGUAUGUUUCAGACAUUAAUCUCUUACCAUGGGGGAUUGGAAUUUACUGGGUGACAUCCUAGAGGAAGUUCACUCCCACUCAACUAUAGUGGGGAAAAUCUGGCUGACCAUUCUCUUCAUUUUCCGAAUGCUGGUACUGGGUGUGGCUGCUGAAGAUGUCUGGGAUGAUGAACAGUCAGCAUUUGCCUGCAACACCCAGCAGCCAGGUUGCAACAAUAUCUGUUAUGAUGAUGCUUUCCCUAUCUCUUUGAUCAGGUUCUGGGUUUUACAGAUAAUCUUUGUGUCUUCUCCUUCUCUGGUGUAUAUGGGCCAUGCACUUUAUAGACUCAGGGCCUUUGAAAAGGAGAGGCAGAGGAAAAAGUCACACCUUAGAGUCCGGAUGGAGAAUCCAGAGCUUGAAUUGGAGGAGCAACAAAGGAUAGAUAGAGAGCUGAAGAGAUUGGAGGAGAAGAGAAUCCAUAAAGUCCCUCUGAAAGGAUGUCUGCUGCGUACUUAUGUCUUACACAUCUUAACGAGAUCCGUGCUAGAAGUAGGGUUCAUGAUAGGCCAGUAUGUUCUCUAUGGGUUUCAAAUGCACCCCCUUUACAAAUGCACUCAAUCUCCUUGCCCUAAUGCAGUGGAUUGCUUUGUAUCCAGGCCCACAGAGAAGACAAUUUUCAUGCUCUUUAUGCACAGCAUUGCAGCCAUCUCUUUGUUCCUUAAUGUACUGGAAAUAUCUCAUCUGGGAAUCAGGAAAAUCAUGAGGGCACUUUAUGAGAAAUCCAGCAAUGAGGACAUUGAGGAUGAAAGUGGCACUCCAUUCCAUUUGAAAAAAUAUUCGGUGGCCCAGCCUUGUAUGAUUUGCUCUCCCUUGCCUAAAAGAAUCUCUUUACUUCAAGCCAACAAUCAACAGCAAGUCUUUCAAGUCAAUGUGCUGAAGUCUAAAACCACAUGUGAAAGCCUACAGCCCAGGCAACUUGAAUUAGACCCUUGCUGUAUUAAAAAAGAGUGGACUGAGAAGGAUCAGCACAGCGGACAGCUCCAUGUCCACAGCCCAUGUCCCUGGGAUGACAGUGCUCGAAUUCAGCACCAGGGACAGCAACCAGGCCAUUCAUUUGGCCUAGAAAAUGUAAAGUCCCAGUCCUGGCUAGGUACAGAGAUGGCUCCUAGACAUUGCCCAUCCUAUGCAAUAGGAACCUGGGAGCAGUCCCAGGAUCUACGACCCUCAGGAGAGCCUCUUACAGAGUUGCACAGUCACUGUAGAGACAGCGAUGGCAGCAUGAGAGAGAGUGGGGUCUGGACAGACAGAUCUCACCUGGAUAGUCGCAAGGCCAGCUUUCUGUCCAGAUUGCUGUCUGAAAAGGGACAGUUGCACAGUGACUCAAGAAGCCUCAGUUCUCAGAACAGCUCUUGCUUGGAUCUUCUGCACCGGGAAAAUAGUCCCUCGCUUCUGCCUUCUGCCACUGGGUAUAGAACAUCAAUGAACAUGCUUCUAGAACUUUCAUCUAUUAUGAAAAAAUAAUUCAUGCUUGGGGCCAGAAAAAUGGACCAAGGACCAACCAGCAUCUGCAGGAGAAAAGUUGCACCUUUGUUAGCUCAAACUGCAAGAAGAAUUGUGGGAACCAUCCCCUCCACAGAGACACCUGCCAGGCGAUGGAAGUGGAAAUGAGGCGUGGAGAUAUGAAGAGGCAUGAUCUGUUCCACAGUGAGUUGGUAGAAGAGCCAGUGAAGACCAGGUGGAUGAAAAUGAUGCUGGGGCCAAGUCCAAGUGGGUGCCAUUAAGGGGCAUACCAUAUUCCAGGUGCUUAAGACACAUUAUCUAUACCUGUUUUAUCUACAACUGUGCAAAGUUAUUGUUUGCCCCCAUUUUAUAAACCAGAGAAGGCUCAAAGAGACUAAGUAACUUGCCCCACAGCUAAAGGUCACACAGCUAAAGUGCAUGCAGUGCAGCUGAAUUGAAACCCAGAUCCAGGUCCAGCUGUUCCGAGGCCUGGACUCCUUCCAGGAAGCUGUGAAGUCGUGUUCUCUCUCUUGUCCAUAACAAUCAGCAGCCCCCGGGCAAUGAUUUAUUUGCACAUCCGUCUGACCAACUAACCUGUGAAAGCUACAAGGAUAAGGCCUGUGCAUUUUAAGUCUCGGAUGCCCAGCAUGCAGCGUAGUGUUGGUUGAAUGAAUGUAUG